UCUUCACUUUCAGUGUGGUGAAUAGACUUGAGCCAUUAGAUUCCUAAUGUGGUAUCUCCAUUGUUGUGAACCUCUUUCACCAUCAUCUCUGAUGAUGCCUCUCUGUGUCCAACACCACAGUUCAACACUUUGUGUUGUUAUCACUACCAAACCUGGUUUCAAGCCGAGGAGCAACUUCACAAUCUGAGAUCACAGGGACUUACACCUCUCCAGCAUUCUUUGUGCAUGUAAAUGUUUUGACCCUGAAACUAGGUCACUGUUGAACAUGCAGAACAUCAUAGAGGUGACGGAUCUUCACUCCAUAAUGGACAUUCCUCAAACCCAAACAGGCACUAUCAGCAGGGUGAUAGAAGUUGGUAUCUACUCCAUGUCUGGGCUCCUGCCAUGUCUACCACUCUCACCGCCACAGGGACCCUGUGAUGGACUCAUAUCGCCUCACACAAUCUGAAUGAUACAACGUGGCACCACCCUGGACUUGGAUAGAGACACAGCUUUGUUUUGUUUUCUGAGUGUGUGAGAGAGGGGCAGAUACAGUAAGUAAAAACAGAAAGUGAGUGAGAGUGUGUGUCCCAUGCUUCCUGGAUUCAGGCUGUGGUUAAUGGAAACAGAUAGCACCGACUCCAGUGGAACAACAACACUGAUGACUUAAACAGAAAUAAACAUUCACCAUCGGUCCAAAACCUCUUCUCAAAGGGCUUUAUUUGUUGGCUGGAAAAAAACUUUUUCAGCUCCAUUAGACACAACAGAAAAAGGGGGACACAUUUUAGUACAUUUGUUAUCAUGAAAACUCACCUUGCUAAGCCCGACCUCAUGCAACUUUUGUUGAACCUUUGGUGCAUAGUUUGUAAGCACAGAACACACCACAAUGCGAUAUUGCAAGUCUAAAAUAACUUGAGUUUAAAACCAGUUUGGAGAAUACUGGUUUAGGAUCGAGCAGGAUUAGGAUUAGGUCAUACUGCUCAGGGUGGUGUCUACUUGCAAAGUUUGGACCGAGCAUCUGCAACUAAGCACACAAUACUGAUUAGAAAAAAACUAUCAACCAUAUAAUAACCAGCCUGCUGAGAGUUUUCAGCCUUAUCAAAGCAUAAGGAGAGGAGACGCCUCACCACGGCAAAUGGGAAUUAGUUGGAAAAAGACAACAAAAAUCAUGAAAACACACAGAGAGUGGGCUAAAAUGAAGAAAGGGAACUUGAUGUAAUGCCUCUAUGUGUGGCUGUACUCACUCUACAUCCUGCUCCCCUCCCCAUCAGCACUAACAUCCAGAUGAAGGGCUGCUAAGUCAGCUCUGGUCCAGCCUGCUCGUGCUCCACAGCUCAACCUCCCCGUGUGUGUGUGCUGCAGACAAAGAUAGGACUCUCAAAGGGCCAGCACAAUGCUGGGCAGCUCAAAGGCUCCCAUUUCUGCCUGCUCCUCUCAGUCUCCCUCUAUCAUACUUUUUCUAAUGGAAAAAAUAUAUAUAACCCAGCCCACACAUCAGAACAUGCUGUAGCAUUGACAAAAUGACUUAUUACUCCUCACUGCACACUUCCCUCUCCCUCGCUGGAUUCAUCAAGCUCCCAACCUCCCCUCAAAAUGGCUGGCACCUCCUGGCGCUCGUCUAGCCUGUCACCCUUCCUCUGCAGUGACCUUGAGACAGAGAUGAAGGAGUGAUGGUGUUCCCAUCACUGCUGCAAUACAGUUUCUCUCCCCCCCACACACACACAAAAAAACAACACGCACAGCACCAAGAUGGCUCUCACUUUUACUGACAGCUGGAGGAGGGGGAAGAAAAAACCCCUUUGCAUAUCUACAUCAAUCAAAACAGGAUUAGGGUGCCUCUCUCUGGUCCUUUUUAUUUCCCAUUAACUUGAAGUUGCUGAUGAAAUACGGCGCUGUUAAAUGGUAACUGGAGUUGCAGGGCUCCAUUGUAUCUUCUACUAUCUUCACCAGUUAAUUUAAAAACAGUAAAACAUCUAUAUUUUAUCCAAAAAACAUGGAAGCCUUUACAUUUUUGAACUGUAAUCCCCCUCAAAAAUCUUUAAAGACCCAGCAUCUUCAUUACCAGGAUUAUUUUUUGCAACACUCCUAUAUCGCCAGUGCCAAUGACAAAGGGGGGCAAAGUGUUUCUGACAGCAAGAUACACAGAUGAAAUGACAUGACAAUGUGUGAAACAAAACUGUCUGCUGUGAUCAACCACCUCCACAGGCAAAAUGAUCCACCCCCUCUAAAGAAACUUGUGACUGGUCACAUGACUCAUUGAAUGCUAUUCUUUCACGUUCUGGGGGAAUGGGGAUGUGGACAAGAGAUGAUGCAUGAAUUCUUAAUCAAAUAAAGACAGUGAGAAGUGAUAGGAGUGGAAGGCAAUCGUCCUGGCCAUGCUGAAUUAAUGAGGCGCUGGCUUCCUUCCGCAUGCCAGGUUUCUGAAUGACUCGGCUCAUCAGCCGUCUUUACCGUCUGCGCCCAUCCCCGGGCCAGACUCAGUGGGCUCAGAAAGCUGAUCUCCACUCUAUGCUGGCCACACUUCAGUCAUUAAAACAGAAAGUCUGAUCAGUUUGCAGCCUUGUUUUCCUCAUGACCUUGACUGUGCACGGGGAAGGCAGCUUUCAGCAAAAGAUUGAGAGUUUAAGUUAAGUUGAAAAGUAGGAAUUCAUGGCUCAGCUGAGGGUGAGAUCGAAGGGGCAUGAAGGAGGAGGGGGUGAUCAGGUGACCCCAUUCAAAUCCUGUCCAGAACAACCUUCCCUGACCACCUGAGCCUCUGCGUUGUGUGCCCAUCUGCUGGCAGUGGAGUCAGGCAGCACAGAACCAAUUCAUCGCUUCACACCAAUUCAAAAUCUAGUUGCACUCGCCCUGUCAGGUUACACCUUCUCUCUCACACAUCUACCUCUUUUUCUUAACACCUGCGAUGAUGUCACCGAAUAGUCCUCCGAAGAAACGCCGCUGUGUAUUCUCCCUCACAAAAAGUAAAAAUUACUCAAAGAGGAGUUGGGCAUUCCCAUGGCAACCAGGUCCUGUGGUAUAGGCAGGGAUAUUGGGCCAAGCCCAAUGCCAUUUGCAUACAAAUUGCCCAGCUGGUACCUUGUUGUUAUGACAACGGCACACAGCUCCCAGAAUUCAUUUGGAAGUGAAAUACAAAAGGAAAGCAGCCAGCUAGGAGAAUCAUUCAUAAAAUUCCCUUUUCUUCUGUAAUGAAGAUGUUGCUGGCACGAUGUUCGCGUGUAAAUCCAAUCACCAUACAUCACCUGCAGGAGAAGAAGUCAUACACUCAAGACUGCAAUUACUUGAAACGAUAAUUGCUUUAAUGUAGAUAAAAUUGUGUGAACUGUGAAAUGAUAUGAAUCCACAAUAUGUCUUACUACUGUACACACUCGCUGUAGACUCAAUCUGAAGCAUUAUGAAAUGACUGUCUUAGCAUAUAACUAUCCUGACAUGACAUUUGAUAUUUGCUUUUGUUUCGUGAAACGAUCAACAUCCUCAGUUCGACCUCUUAUGGGGACAUUUCAGUGCAUCUACCUCCUCGUUGGUUCACCUGAUUUUGCAAACCUGUAUAUAAUUCCCUACAAUGAGCCGUGCCAAAUCCUCAGAGCUUGAGAGAGAAAGUAAACUCUGCUGACAACACAGUGUCCUCUACUGGCAGCAUGUGGCAGGAAGUUUACACAACUGCCUGUCUGGCUAAACAGAUAAUAUUUAGCUCAAGGGCAAGUGAGCUGAUGCUUUUCCAUAGUCAUCCUGGCUCAGCUUACUGGUCAGUUAAAUUGCCCUGCGCUGGGCUCCAUGAGCAUUCUGUGAACCCAGCAAAUCUAUUUAUUCCAGCAACCCCCAUGAGACUCUGGUUUAAUCAUUGGCUUCUGUGUGGCUGUCAAAUCAUCGCAGGCUAAUCAGUUUCCCUCCCAGUGGGAAACAAAGCAGCUCCUGGUUCCAAUAUUUGACCUGCGCUGCUGUGGGAGACUGCUGACCUGUGGGCAAGGUGAACCCUCACCCUGGCCAGUGUACAUUAAACUGAGCACUUCUCUUCAGCAUGUUAAUGAUGGGCAAAAGGCCCAAAUGAUACUGCUGUUACAGAUUGUUGGAGACGACUGGUGCUAACAACUUCAGCCCGGAUCAAAAGGCCUGUAUCAGCAACAUCACAACAACACAGCAGGAUGUGUGUGCGUGUUUGUGCGUGCGUGUUACAACCUCUACCUCGGGGUGGGAGCAGAAGGAAGGUGACACAUCGUGCCUCUCCAGCAUAUAAAUGUAGGAGCCUUGUAGCUGCUGGCUCUAAGGCGUGACCGUUUAGUAGGUUUCUUCCCUUGAACGCGCCAACCUUUCCCAAGGUCACAACUUGCCAGCAACUCAGAUCUUUGCUAAAGCAACAUCCCACUCAUUUGCCACUUACCAUCCAAUUCAACAUGGCAACUCGAUGGGGACUCUGUGGAGCGGGAAAGAUCAGCCAUGACUUCAGUGUGGCCAUGAAGACGCUUCCUCCUGGAGAUCACCAGAUAGCAGUCAUUGCGUCAAGGAGCAUGGAGCGUGCCAAAGAUUUUGCCAAGAGACACGGUAUUCCUAAAGCUUACGGAAGCUAUGAGGAGCUGGCCAACAGCCCAGACAUCGACAUUGUGUACCUGGGAGUGCUGCACACAGAACACUGGCGGGUUGGUCUGCUGUUCCUCAAGGCGGGAAAAAAUGUGUUGUGUGAGAAACCCUUCGCUAUGAACUCCAGACAAGUGAAAGACCUUAUCGCUGCAGCCAAGAAAAACAAUGUCUUCCUAAUGGAGGCCAUCUGGUCCCGCUGUUUCCCUGUGCACGCUGAGGUGCGCAGGCUGCUGGCGGAGGAGGCAGUAGGGGAGGUGAAGCUGGUAAAAGCGUACUUCGGCUCCCCUCAGCUCCACAUCUCCCGCUCGGUGGAGAAGGAGCUGGGUGGAGGAGCUCUGCUGGACAUUGGAGUCUACUGCCUGCAGUUUGUGCUGAUGGUGUUCAACGGCGAGAGGCCAGAGUCCAUCCAGGCCACGGGGGUGCUGCUUGACUCAGGAGUGGAUGAGUCAGUGGUUGUGGUGAUGAAAUUCUCCAGGAAGAGGAUGGCCUUCUGUGCCUUUUCAAUCGCUGCUCGACUUCCAAACGAUGCUGUCAUCAGCGGCACUAAGGGCUCCAUUAAAGUCCUUGGCCCCAUGCACUGCCCGACCACCCUGGUGGUGAACGACAAGGAAACAGAGUACCCCCUGCCUGAGCCGAGUCUCCCUCUAAAUUUCACCAACAGCACCGGGCUUCGCUAUGAGGCAGAAGAAGUGAGGCAGUGCCUGCUUAAAGGACUUAAGGAGAGCCCACGGAUGCCUCUGGCGGACUCUGUCUUACUGACAGAGAUCAUGGAUGAAAUCAGGAAGCAGGUGGGAGUUGUCUUCAGCCAGGACAGCCAGUGACAUCACUCCAAAGCAGAGCUCUUUCACCCGACAUCCUCAGAUAGAGAAGAGGGAGCUGCUCGAGGCAGGCUUUGGAUCUAUGGAAUAAGCAGAUCACUCAUGGCACUGUGUGACAAAGCCUGAGCAGACACAGGCAAGACCGAGGCAACUGUGUCUUGCAUAACGUUUGUCACUGAAUUAAAGAAUCAGUAAACUAUUGGAACAUGCAAAUUGCACGUGUGUUACUAUUAGUAUUAUUUGCAUUUACGUAGACCCAUGAUAGUUCCAAACAUAGCAAGUGUAGCCCAGAUUAACUGUGUAAACGGCACAGACUAUUUUUGUAUUACACAAUUCGCAUAGUCAGAUUGAUAACAUGUCUUCAACUAGAUAACUCACAAUGAAAACAAACAAGUAACUGCAGCUGUAAUGAAGUCCUAGACCUUUAAAGACAAACCCAGCUGUCACUGUGAGGUGUGUGAUUGAUGAAUUCAAUAAAGGACUGAUUGUGAAAGCCAUGUUUCAUUUCAAAAAUUAUCUGCUGCAUAGAAGAAGAGACUUGGAGUGGCACAUUUGAAUCGAAGUGUUCUGUCAUGUCUGACCCUUUCAGCGGUGUACAAAUAGAUUCAAAAAUAGGUUGCACUGUCUGCUUUUCAAGGUUAGGAUAGAGAAAGGCCUUUAUGAGUCAGCAAAGAGCACAGCUCAUUUACCACUUGUUCUCAACCUUUUGGGCUCACUGGAUGGUGUUACAUUCAUACAGGAUGCGUCCCAUGAAUGUAAAAAGGCACAUCUUGAUGUGCUGACAUUAUUUUGGGCUUAGUAUUUUGUUUGGUUGAUGAGCAAUGCU